AUGGCCCUCGUACCAAAUUGCAGCUUCUGCUUCUUUUCCUCAAGAAGAAGAUCUGGAGUCUAUACUCCUCUCGCCAACCAACUUCCAAAGGCUGCUCGUCCCAGCCUCACUUCUCCGGCGCUUACUCCUUCCACAAACCAAGCCCUGAAGACUUCUCUCGGCCCCUCUUCUCCGGCGCUCGGGAUCUCCGAAACCUUCUCCAAUUUGAAGAAGCAAGGGAAAGUUGCAUUUAUACCUUACAUUACCGCUGGCGAUCCUGAUCUAGCGACGACAGCAAGAGCACUGAAACUGCUUGAUCAUUGGGGUGCGGAUAUAAUUGAGUUGGGCUUGCCCUACAGCGAUCCUGUUGCAGAUGGUCCUGUAAUUCAGGCUUCUAGUAAACGGGCCUUAGCAAACGGGACUAACCCCCGUGCUGUCUUUUCCAUGUUAAAGGAGGUAGUCCCUCAAUUAUCUUGUCCGAUUGCAAUAUUUUCAUAUUACAAUCUAAUAUUCGUGCAUAAUAUGGACUGGUUCCUGUCUGCCUUAAAAGAUUGUGGCGUACAAGGUCUUAUUGUACCAGACCUUCCCCUCGAAGAGAGUGCAAGUUUGAGAAAAGAGGCCACUAGGAAGAAUGUUGAUUUAGUUCAGCUUACUACACCUACUACUGAAAAACAUAGAAUGAAAGCAAUUGCUGAAGCUUCAGAAGGAUUUGUGUACCUUGUGAGCUCUGUUGGAGUUACUGGUGCACGUCCUUCUGUGAAUCUGCAAGUACAAUUUCUCUUAGAGGAAAUUAAAGAGGUGACCACAAAACCUGUCGCAGUUGGCUUUGGCAUAUCAAAACCAGAACAUGUUAGACAGCUUUCAUUAUGGGGAGCUGAUGGCGUGAUCGUGGGUAGCGCCAUUGUUAAGCUAUUAGGAGAAGCCAAUUCUACUGAAGAAGGAUUGAAGCAUGUUGAGUCCUUUAUGACAUCCUUAAAAGAAGCACUCCCCUAAGUCAGCUAUCAUUUGUAUGAGGACUGAUAAAAAGUCACUGAUAUUUCUUAGCGUUGGUUGGUUUGUUAGUAAAAGAUAGCUGUCAAUUGGAAUGGUAACUUGGCACUAGUCAGUCCGAGGGGGAGUAUGUGUACAAGAAGGGUCAUCAUCUUUCAGGAGAAGAUCCUAUGUCAAUGAUUGUGAAUUGAAUUUAUCUCCUGAAUGUUUUUCAUAGCAAGGAUGUUAGAAGUCCUUUCUUUUUAAAUAAGUAAAAAUUUAUUGAAAGGAAGGCUGUUAGAAGGCUACUGGUAGUUGUAUCCAUGUAAGUUUCAUUGCAUCUACUAAUUUCCUAAUUAUUCAGUGUGAAA